CGUCCGCAACUUUCUCUCUCUAUAAUUUUCUCUUUCUAAAAUAUACAGUGCGAAAACGAAAACAGCGAUACACUCUCCCUCUCUAUUGUGACACGCGAAGUUUGAAGACCUGAAACGCGAUAACCGGAGGGGACGGAGUCUGAAUUAUUGUAUCCAUGAAUGGUUUUUUUCCAAUGUGAAACAGUCUAUUGACGAGAAAAAGAAACAAUAGAAGUUGAAGCAGUCAAGUGAGUGUAAAUUGAAGGAGAAGAAAGAGUUGUACUAUUAGAUUUUCCUUGAUUUUUUAUUCUAGAUGUCUUCCUAUCCUUCUUCGAUCAGGAAACUUGCGUAACUGUUGAAUUUCUACUCACAAUGUGUUGAAGGUGAAUUUUUCCGAAACUGGAUAUAUGACCCUGGGAUUCACACGGAAACGGGCAAAAUAAUGCUUUUUCAGCUGUCCUAUAGAACAUUCAGGACCUCAUUCCUGAUUCCGUUUUGAAAAGAUAGGACCAUGAGCUCUGGAGGAAGAAAGGUUCCCAAUUCCUUUUGUAUUGGCCAGAAUUUGGAUGUGGAGCAUUUUGCUAUGUCUUUGGAGUUCCUGUUUGAUUGAUUGAUUGAUUGAUUGAUUGAUUGAUUGAUUGAUUGAUUAUCCAGCUUUUUUCUUUGUUGAAAUAAUUUAAUAAGUUCACAUUUGUUUGUACAAGAAUAAUUGUGUGUAAUUUGGUGUGGGAUAAUAUGGUGGUGCCUUCAGGGACGCCUACACCUGUUGGUGGUCCACAGUCAGUUCCUCCUUCCCUUCUUCGAUCAAAUUCCGGUCUGAUGGGGGGUGGUCAAGGGGGUGGUGCCCAGCAAGCUUUCCCAUCACUUGUAUCAUCUCGUGCAAUGUUUAAUAAUGUUAAUAUGAUGGGAAAUGUGUCCAAUCUCCUUCAGCAGCCUUUUGCUAAUGGUGUUCCAGAUUCUGGAAUCUCUUGUCCAGCAAGCAGUCAGAGGGGAGUUAUGGAUACAGGAGCCGAGACAGAUCCACUUUCAAGUAUUGGAAAUGGAAUUGUAUUUAAUAAUCCUUCUACAUCAUCUCAAAUUCAAGGUCAACAGUUUUCCAGUCCUUCAGGCAACCACAUAAUGUCUGAUCAACAGCAGAAUCAGCAGCCAGACAUGCAAAACUUCCAACACAAUCAGCAACAGAUGCACCAAUUUACUGCUCCCCCUAAUAACACCCUUCAACAACAGCAAUAUCAACAAAUUCGUGGAGUAUUAGGUGUGCCAGGGCCUGUGAAGUUAGAACCUCAAGUGAAUGAUUUACAUAUUCAGCAGCCUCCACAUCAGUUGCACCCUAUGAGGACUCUUGGCUCAGUAAAACUGGAACCCCAACAGAUCCAGACAAUGAGAGGCUUGGCCUCUGUAAAGAUGGAGCCCCAACUUUCAGAUCAAUCGUUGUUUUUGCAUCAACAACAGCAGCAGCAACAACAACAAUUUAUCCAAAUGUCUCGACAGUCCCCCCAGGCUGCUGCUCAAAUGUUGCACCAGCAGAGAAUGUUGCAGUUUCAACAACAGCAGCAUCAACAACAAUCACUGAAAUCUAUUCCUAUGCAAAGGUCCCCUGCACAACCUCAGUUCCAGCCGCAAAAUAUGCCUUUGAGGUCCCCGGCAAAGCCUUCAUAUGAACCUGGGACAUGUGCCAAACGGCUUACACAUUUCAUUUGUCACCAACAGCGCAGACCUGAGGAUAACAACAUUGAGUUUUGGAGAAAGUUUGUGGCCGAGUACUUUGCGCCCAAUGCGAAGAAAAAAUGGUGUGUUUCCAUGUAUGGAAAUGGACGCCAGACAACUGGAGUUUUUCCUCAGGACAUUUGGCAUUGUGAAAUAUGCAAGCGCAAACCUGGGCGUGGAUUUGAGGCUACGGUGGAGGUUCUCCCACGGCUUUUUAAAAUCAAAUAUGAAAGUGGAACGCUAGAAGAACUUCUUUAUGUAGAUAUGCCUCAGGAGUAUCAGAAUUCAUCCGGUCAAAUUGUCCUGGAAUAUGCAAAAGCAGUACAAGAAAGUGUUUUUGACCAACUUCGUGUUGUCCGAGAUGGCCAACUUCGGAUAGUUUUCUCUCAAGACCUAAAGAUUUGCUCUUGGGAAUUUUGUGCCAGGAGACAUGAAGAACUGCUUCCUAGGAGAAUACUAAUUCCCCAGGUAAGUCAACUUGGAGCUGCUGCUCAAAAAUAUCAGGUUGCUGCCCAAAAUGCGACAUCCAAUUUAUCAGUUCCUGAGCUACAGAAUAACUGCAACAUGUUUGUUUCAUCAGCUCGUCAGUUGGCAAAAGCAUUGGAAGUUCCUCUAGUUAAUGACCUAGGGUAUACAAAAAGAUAUGUGCGAUGUCUCCAGAUAUCUGAAGUGGUUAACAGCAUGAGGGAUCUGAUUGACUAUAGCCGGGAAACACAAAUUGGGCCUAUUGAAUGCUUGGCUAAGUUUCCGAGGAGGGGUAGUAGUAGUACGCCUGGUUUCCAUCAACAACAAGCUCAACAUAAAGAAGAAGACUUACAGCAACAACAGACACAUAAAUCUGUAGCUCAAAAUACAAACUGCGGAGACCAAAGUAAUGGCAUCAUUCCCAUUGUUAACAACUCCUCAUCUACCAGUUCUUCAUCAGCCAGCACCAUUGUCGGCCUCCUCCAUCAGAAUUCAAUGACAAGACAUCAAAACCCUGUCAAUAAUAAUAAUAAUAAUACUAGCAAUAAUAAUAACAACAACAACGCAAACGCUCCCCACACCUAUGUACCAACCGGUCUACAGAACCCUUCUAGCGCAACUAUUCCUCCUUUCCAACAGCCCCCACCUUCUUCAUCUCAACAAACAGCUAAUGUUGUUAACCCUGCUCUAUCUGGAAACACCGACCAAAAUGAUUCUCAAGCAAUUCCCUCUGUCCAGAAGAUUUUCCAAAACGUCAAUGGUACUGGAGGUAACUUCCUUGUACCAAACGGAAGUACAGCUGGCAUGAUGAAUGGAAUCCGGGGUGUAAUGGGGAAUAAUGGCGUGGGGAGGAUAAGGGAGCAAAGCAUGAUUAAUAGUCAGCAACAACAACAGGUUUUAGGAGAACAGAUCUUUAAUGGAAUUGGAUCGGUUAACAAUGGGUUUGGUAACGUUCAAUUUGAAUGGAAAUCUUGAUUGAAAUGAAAUGGCUGUUGUUGUAUUCGAGUAUUAUGUUACCCAAAACCGACCAAUGGUCGAUCCGACAGACAAGCAAAAGGAGGAGGUUUGCCAAGGUUUGAAGUCUACAAAUCUGAAUUAGAAGAAGGGGAAGUAAGAUAUUACCUCCAUUAUUGUUGAGUUAUUAUUCAGCAAAAAAAAAAAAAAAAAAAAAAGAACUGUUCGGUUAUUUUCUUUACUAACUUACCUGUGCCAGUUUAUGAUAAUAUAUAUAUAUAUAUAGUAACUCAUGAUCAGUUUUGCCUGGUG